CCAAUGGUCUGGGCGUUUAGCGUGCACAUCGCGCCAGCAACGGUCAGUAGCAAGCGACUAUAUUUGUCUCUAAUGUUGGCGUUCGCGCUGCGUUUACCAACGAAAUCAUCCGAUGCAAUUUGACGUGCCCAACAACGUUGCUUACGGUGUAAACUCGGCGUAUGGCAGAGAUGGCGCUGCGGUGCAACGGGGCCGCUGCCGAGAAGGCAAUAAAGACAAGCCAACCGAAAGAGAAUUUACCAGACAGACAGUCAGAAGCGGUGGUAUCGAAUUGGGCGGAAAACGACAACGACAAAAAGUGAAACGAGAAGCUGAUACCAGUGGCGCCUCUAGUGGCUGAAUACUGCAUAGUUGAACGGGCUUGAGAGCCAGUAUUGUUUUGGUGGCAGUGGCGGCGGCAGCAGCAGCAGCGGCGGCGGCGGUGCCAGCGGCAGAAAGUGUUGUCGUUGGCAGGUGCCACUCCUGUUGGUCAAAUGACGGUAAAGCUGGUGCAGUUGCCGCUGACCAAAGUUUCGAUCUGUGCGUCUGCCUUUUUGCGUACCUGUGUCUGAGUAAGCGACUGAGAGGAGAAAUCAGCCGCUACGGUCGUUGCGUUUGACGCUGCCUCCGCCGUUGUCGGCUUUGGGAACUGUGGGCAAGUUUGUUUCGCAGUCAAGUGACCACGACUCGCGGUGAAGGCGAAGACAGGCCACAAAAGGUCUACAGUAUUUGCAGCGUUAUUAUUGAAUGGGUGCGUAGUGACGUGCUGCUACUGGGAUUGAGGAUUGAGGAUUGUCCUGGUUGACGAGACCAAAAGUCGGCCAGCAGCUAUGGCUCCCACAAAAGCACAAGACACUUCCCACUUGAAUCAAUUUUCUGCUGAGGAACUAGAAGAUAUCUUGGUGCAGCUAUGCGAUUCGGAGGGUGUUAAAGUAUCAGCCGAUGACGAUAAGGCGCUUAAGAAUGUUGGAAAGAACGCGCUUGACAAUAUUGGCCUUGGAGGAUUAGGAAAAAAGGUUUUCGGAGGAGGUGGAAAAAAACAAGAAGCGCCCCCCGAAUCACCUGACGGUCUCGCGCCUCCGCCGCCGCCAGCUCCUAGGCCAGCUUCAGACGUAAUUCGUGAGCUAAACAUAGGAGAUAAACAGGGACUUAUCGGCGUGCUUCAGUCUGUUAUUUCGUCGGCUCUUUCCGGGGAUCUGGACGGAAAAAGCGGAACUGGCGGAAAUCUUCUACGACGGAACGGCCAGUUGAGCCUAAAAGCUUUGGCCAAUUCGGCCUUAUUCGCAUGCUUUGGUAAUCUGCUGAAAGGCGGUGGUGAUAAAUCUCGUACCGCGCAUACGACCAGCGCAUCAGCCGGAGGUACCGAGGCUGAAGCGUCCAGCGCUCAAGGGAACUUUUCAAUUGACGAUAUUAAGACGCCGGAAGCACUAUUCAAGUACAUCACUUCGAACCCUGCGAUUAAGACUGUACUCAUCUCAGGAAUACAGACCUUCUUGGCUAAUACUCUCCAGGGCCAGACUGCAGCUAAAGCAUAGAAUCUUAGAUCCACUACAUAAGUAGCCAUCGUAUGCUCGUUUUGUAUGACGAUACACAUACAUCUAAGAGCUGAAACAAAGCGUUUGAGGCAUUAGAUAGAGAUACAAUACAAUCAUUAAUACUAGAUAGAGAGAUAGAAAGGUUAAAAAAGACAAAGUCAAACUUUGAGGCACUUCAGAGCAUCUAGCAAAGAAAGCAAUGUUGUCGAAAAGGGUGCUACAGCUUAACUCCAAUCGUUUAAUAAAAAAUAUACCGAUAUAUAUAUAUAGCAUUAAAUAAAUGGCUUCGCCACGCCACAAUAUAAUAACACGGUAGGAAGCAUUUCGACGAUGGGCUUCUUGUUAACACGCUGUCUCAACACCGUCCAUUUUGAUCAAUCACAUAGUCACAAGAUUGCCUCCACAACACUGUGCACGAUAUAUCGAGGGAUCAAACACACACAAACGUUUAUACAAUGUGCUAUAAUACAAUAUUAUGUAUACUAUCUUCCUAUCCUACUUCGCAUCUGUAUUAAAACUGCUCCACAAGUAAGUUCAGCUUCAGGCCAGUCCGACCUCACUGAUACGAUGUCGAGCAGAAUACAAAGCAGAAUCAACCACUGACCUAUUAAUUAGUGUGAUGGUGGUAUUAAAACGAGACCUCACUGCGUGUUCUGCAGGAAUAACUUUCUUCUAUAGGGAGUGACGGAGGUAGUCGCUCGAAUUGCAGCGACGGAACUAAAUAGGAAAAAAGUGCAAGAGCCAAAUUCUCUCUAUUUAUUAUUACUUCACGCUAAAAACGUAUUGUCGAUUUUUGAUGUAGACAAGCCGGAGUGUAGCUCUGUCUGACUCCCAUUAAAUGUGAUAUACACACGAUUCGAUCCAAUGUUACUUCGGCAAAAGAAAACCCUUAGUAAACUGUUUCACACACUUCAGUUUUGAGCAAAAAGUGAGUAACGGAGCCUUAUUCAUAAUAAUUGUUUAUAUUAAGCAUGUAUGUACAUGUUGAUGCAUCAGAUAGGUGCCGUAAAAUCUGCUAGACUCGUCUAUCGUAUGAGGAAGCGCUGACGAAGAUGAAUGCGCAUAUGAAGACUGAGAGAAAAAGAGGAAUUUUUCAUUUUUUCUCAGAAGCAAACAAAUUAAUGUUUACUAGUUUUGUAUAUCUUAAAAAGUAACAAAGACUUUAAAAUUUGUUGUGGAGGAGCUGUGAGUAGAUCUAGGAGCCGAAAACCUACGAAUAUAUAUAUAUAUAUAUAUAUAUAUAUAUAUAUAUACACUCAGUACAUUAGUAAUUAUGUUAUGUGAACAAUAUACGCAGAUACACGCUCGUUGGUAAUGCUGGACAUGAUACAAAAUUGAUUGCAAGUGACUCUACAGCGUAAUAACACCACCGGUAAUGGGUGUGGACGUUUUCUGGCAAAGGAUAUAAAAUUUAGCGAAAUUUUACUGCCCAAAUAGAACUCAUCAGUAACGUAACUAAGAGAAAAGUGUGUAAAUAAUGUGAUGUUUUUCCGUAAAAGAGAAAAAAAUAUCUGCAUAUUCACAAAAUGUGUACUCAGUGAAACUAAAAGGGAAAGAGCCGUGGUUUAACUUGUGAGGCUUGUUUCAUUCUUAUAUCGGUCAAAUAGUAAACAUCAGUUCGUACGGGAAUGCUCUGCUGACUUCAGCUAUUGAAAUUCAUCGUAUUGCAAGCCGUUCUCGGCUGAAUUGAGACGAAGUGAAUAGUUUCGAAAAGUUUUACUUAGCUCACGUCGAUUAUUGUCGAUCGAUGUGUCCGUUAGGCUAUCAAGCAAUGAAGUUCUUACAAUUAAUACCCGUCACAGAUAGUUAUAUUUAUACAUUUCCUUGCUAGCAAGUGGCCACUGGCUUUCAUAUCCGUCAAUGCAUUAGUCACGAACAAUCAAUCUACUCUUGCAUGUUUAUGUAAUUAAUCUUUGUUUUUUUUUUCGUGUACUGUUUUGUUCGUUCAGAAUUAGGGGCGUGCAUUACAUUCUUAGAAUAGAUAUUGCCAUAUAUACGUGCAUAUGUUAUAUGUAUAUACCAUAUGGACAACUGCACUCUGCAAUAUCCACUUCGCCGAUUUUCCUAUCGGGAAAAGGACGUAUAAUCAUUUUCUGUUGUGCUUAUUUCAAUACUGCCAACUUCCGAUUUACGAUUGUAUUAUUAUUGCUAUCUGACUGAUUGAUUAAACAGGUGAACAGUAUAAGAAAUAAAAUUUAAGUCAUACUUAAUUAAA